AUGGCCUCCAAAUGGUUGGACGGCGUUUGCAUGGCCGUUUCCUUUGAUGCUGGAGGAAAUGCAUCGCAGCCCUACUUGCACGGUGAAAGUUGGGAAAGGAGCAUCCAGCCACAUCCGACCUCGGGAGACAAGGGUGGUCCACCGCAUCAGCAGUACGUGGCAGAAGUGGUGCACAUCGCCAGUUUGCUGCAUGCUGUGGCCUUGCAGGACCUAGGCAAAGAUCACGACUUGGAGAAUUUGGUGCCAGCGAAAAACCGGAUCAGUCGCCCUGCUGCGAUGCCGUCCUACUCGUUUUUCUCCGACAAGUCGAUCUUCUCCGAAGAGCACCUCUAUGCCUCCCAUCGCAGCGCCAAAAUUCCGGUGCUCGGAGGCUUGCGUUUGCAGGAGAAGCUGGUCCUGGACAAGGACAGCCAGGGGACGCCUCUGACCACCGCCGCGCGUGUGGCCAUGGUCGAAGGUUGGUUGAUGCGGCGCCUCCUUGCUCGGCAGAAGUUCGAACAAGGUGAAACAGCCAAGACAGCACCACCCAUCUUGUCUCGACUUUAUCAGGUGAUUUCCGAUGGAACCUUAUGGUUCUUCACUAGUUCCAAGAGUGCCUACAUUCCCUUUCCCUUUCCUUAUCAAAACUUUGUGGAAGUGAUGCUGUGGCUCUUCACCCUGAUGACCCCGGUGGUCAUUAACGGCAUCGUCUUCGAACAGAUCUCAAGAACCGUGGGUUCCUUUUGCGUGGUCAUGACCUAUCACGCCAUUAAGAACACCGGCGACGUCCUCGAGGAGCAGUUUUUGGGGGACCACAGAUGCGCAGCAAGAGGGCUCAGCAACCAAGACAAUUGGGUUUUGAACCAAUAA